UGCUGUAGCAGGGAAAACAAGAAACGCGUGUUUUCGUUGUGAAGAGUAAGGAACGAAACUUAAGGAACACUAUGUAUAAGAUUUGUCACUUCCACUUUUCUCUAUAUUACAUGAACACACCUGGAUGGCUGCAUCAUCCGUUUACUUGUAUCUACAUUGUUCUAUUUAUAAUUGGAUGUACGGGAAAUUUCGCUGUUAUUUUUCUUAUUCGUCGAUGUAGACAGUUACGAGGUGCACCCAUCAUUUUUUUGGUCAACCUUGCAGUAGUCGAUAUUUUAGUUUGUCUAACGUAUUUCCCAUUAUAUAUAUAUCUUAGUCUAACACAGUCGUCAAUGUUUCUUUUAAAUUUUCAUAAUAAUAAUGUCUGUAUAGCUGCAAUAUUCUGGGAAUUCCAGUCACAAUUAUGUUCAGCCUUGACAAUCGCAUCUAUUAAUUUUGAGAGAUGUUACGUUUUGAAAUACCCACUCAGAGUUCGCACUGUCAUCACUUUCAAAAGAAAACUAUUAUUUACAGCCGGUAUCUGGGUGAUUUCAAUCUUGUGUUCAAUUCAUCUUUUAUGUUCUUAUCCAUUCUUUACAGUUAGUGAUAUUGACGAGUUUGACAUGUGGCAACCUACAACACAAUAUAUAUUUCCGGCAGUCAUCGUUGUAGUAUCUUGCAUCAUUACAGCUGUAACACUUAUUAAAAGAAUACACAGUAAUCGUUUACAGGAGUCCAAUCAAAGUAACGUGUCCACAGGAAAUUCUCUCAGAAAUCCAAAAAAGGCUCUAAAAACGGUGAUCAUCGUGGCUGUUGUCUUUCUGUGCAUGACGUCACCGAGUGCAAUUUCUCGUUUUUGGAUUAUACACUUUGGAGGGUACUAUUUUUCCACGUUAACCUGGUUCUUUUUUGCUAAUCUACUUAGAGUAUCUAAUAGCUGCGUUAAUCCAUUUAUUUAUGCACUCAUGUCCAGUAGUUUUCGAUCGGCCAUCAACUCAACAUUUUGCUGUAAAUCAGAUUCGACAAACAGGCAAAAUUUAAAUUUUAACUCUAGAAGUAGACCGUUGCAAAACAUAGUUUAGAAACAAUGAUAAACUAGGCCAAGAGUAAUCUUCAUUAAAUAAGGCUGCAUUCAC